AGAUGAUCAGAACAUGGCGGAGAUCCAGGUUAAAGUUCUAUAUGAUUUCGAUGCCCAACCAGGUUCUGCGGAAAUCAACAUCCAGGCAGAUGAGAUCAUAGUAGUUACUAGACAGGAUGUUGGUGAAGGAUGGUGGGAAGGCAAAAAGAUAAAUGGAGAGGUGGGAUUAUUCCCACAGGCAUAUGUGGAAGUGGUGCAAGAGAGUGGGCCACCAGAGAUGCCUCCCCCACCACUACCAUCAACAUUUACUGAUGGAAGACAGCCGGAUUAUAAUACCCCAGAUUCAUAUCAGCUGUCGGUCGAGAAACCAGCAGCGAAAGUAAUGACUGAUGAUUGGGAUGAGACUCGGGAUGACGAGGACACUCCAUCAAGUAAACUUAAUGCAAUAUCACAAGAUAGCAAGCAACCUGGUGGAAACUUUGGUCUGCACACAGCCAACCGCGAGCAUGGGCAUUCAGGGGAGGCAAAGUUUGGCACUGUCAAGAAAAGUUUCAACAGAUUUUCAACAUUUGUAAAGUCUGGUGGCGAAGCUUAUUUGCUAGGAACGAUAAAGACAGUUGUGUCGGAUGCUGACCGAAUUGCGAUUGUGGAAUCAGAUGAUGGACCUGUGUGGGCAGUGCAAGAACAUCCUUACACCUGCAGUGUCACGUCGCCAAAGAAGGAUUCAAAGUUUCGCGGCAUGAAAAGUUUCAUAGCUUACCAAGUCACGCCCUCUUUCAAUAUGGUUCCGGUCACAAGACGAUACAAGCAUUUUGACUGGCUGCAUGGUCGUCUAGAGGAUAAAUUUUGUGUAACACCUGUAUCGCCACUACCCGAUAAACAAGUAACAGGACGAUAUGAAGAUGACUUCAUAGAGAAGAGGAUGGCAGGUCUGCAGUUGUGGGUAAGCAGGAUCUGCAGGCAUCCAGUCAUCGCAAACUCCGAGGUGUGGAAUCAUUUUCUCACGUGUGCUGAUGAGAAGAGGUGGAAACAAGGCAAGAGGAAAGCAGAGAAAGACGAGUUUGUUGCUGGAUCAUUCUUCCUUAUCAUCAACACCCCAGAAAACCCAUUGUCCGUUAAAGAUGUUGAGGAGAAGGUCGACUCCUUCAACAAGUUUGUGAAGCAUAUGGAUGACAGUGUGCGAGAUGGCAUACAGACGAUGUUGGAAAGCUGCAAAAAGCACCGAGGACCUUAUAAGCGAGAGUACCAGAAAAUGGGUGACGUCCUUAUCGAUCUUGGAAACUCGUUCAGCUUGGAUACCCGACCUUUGGCUCAAGGACUUACAGAGGCCAUCCGCCACACUGGCAAGACAUACAAUGAAAUAGCUCAAGACUUUGCUGAUCAGCCACGAUAUGAUCUGGAGCCACUUAUUGAAGAAAUUCAUGAAUAUAAAGGCAUACUCUCGAAUUUUCCAGAAAUCAUUGAGCUUCACAAGGGGGCAUUGAAGCGAGUGAAAGAUUGUCAGAAACUGGAGGGCGAAGGGAAGCUGAAUGAAGCCGAUGCAUCUGCUAUUGCCAGACGUGGGGAUGUUCUCUCCUAUGCUCUGCUUGCAGAGAUCACCCACUUCCACAGUGAGCGUAUACUCGACUACAAGACGUACAUGCAGAAUUAUCUCAGAGGCCAGAUAGCGUUCUAUCGCAAGAUUGCAGACAAAUUGGAGGGAUCACUAGCCCAGUACGAUCAAGCAUGAUCAGCUAUCUAUAAUGUAUGUGUAGCUGAUGGUCACACUGAAGGAUCAAGUAGAUAGACUUAUGACCAAUAUUCAGGGAAGUUCAGACUACACUGACAUGGCUGUGUCACUCGCUAUGUAUGUAGAUGUAGCAAUUUGUUUGAUGUAAUGUCGCAAGAAGUCUCCCCAAUAGUUUCAGUUUGCUUUGCAGUGAUCAUAGAAGUUGCGUUUGAUGUGUUGAAUUUCUAACUGCUAGUUUGUUAUUGAAAAUUUUAUUAACUUGAGUAAAACUGAAACCGGUGGCAUUUUAAAUAGAUGUAUUAAUAGAAUAAACUAUAUUUUCUCUCUGAAUUGUGUAGUUAUUAAUAUAGAGCGCUUGAAACUCACUGACGGGUUUUACAUGUUCAAACACUAGUUAAAAGCAAUUUAUAUAUUGAUGUACUUGCAGUCUUGAAAUCAUAUGAAAUGUAUUAAUUUCUUGUGAGGUUUAUAUGAACUUGGUAUGCCAUGAGUAUUACGUGAGUGAAAAAUUGUUUUGAAACGAGUAUAAUAGAUUCAUUAUAGAAAUGGCCUGCCGUUUACCAUAUUAUUGUGUUGUUGUCAUUAGUUUAUAUUGAUUUAAAACUAACGUGCUCUCAUUUAUUGCCAUGUGUAGUGUUAGCAGUAGAAUCAGUAAGUUUUGCACUGAAAUUAAUAACGUUAAUGAGUUUCAAUAAUUUUGAAGCUGUACAGUUAUAUCUUGUGAGUUUACUUUAGUUGCUGCAGCAGUGCAAAGUCAUAACUGUAAAAUAUUUGUAUGAUUUAUAUAUGUUUAACAUAAUAACGUUGCAACACUAAAACACGAUUUAUGCUACGUAAGAACAGUUACCUAUUUCUGUGUCCCCAAAAUUUCGACGUUAUUUGUAGGUGUUGUAGUGACAAGCUAACAAAUAUUAGAAUUGGAGUUGCUGGAUAGUAAAGCAAAUAUCUCUCCUUUCAGGUGAUAUGAUUAGAAUAUUAUAAUUGACUUUCAUUGAACAUGAAGGUACUCGGUGCAUGUAUUAUCUGUUAAAACCUAUAUGGAUACGGACUGUGAGUGUCAGAAACGGUGAUUAUAUUGUUAAUUUGUAGUGGAACUGACUAAUUAUGCAUUACUAGAGUGACGUGAUAACCUGUCGUAAUAAUCUGUCGAAUGGGAGUUGUUGGUACAUUUCUUGAUAACAGAAGUGUGAUAUUUUUUAAUUUGUGUGUUGCCUGUUUCAAUAUUAUAACCAAAUCUUCUUGAUUUGUUGCAUGUACAUUUUUAUGUUUAUACAUAGGUGUAGUUGUAUAAAUACAUGUGUUUUUGGUCGACACUUUCAAUGCUAUAUGUAAGUGGGCAACUGACGUGUGUUACAAAGUUUGAUGUAAUUACGUUGAAAACGAUUUUAUAUUUCAUCUAGAUUUUUAACAUAUUUCUGCACACGGUCUCAUUCUGUUAGGCAGUAGAGUUGAGCAGUGUGAGAUUAUGUUAUUUCUUAAAGAGUAUACUUUCUGAAAAAGUAAAGUUAUACUAAUACGAUUAUACUUUAUAGUUACAACCGUGCGACUUCCUAUACUAUAUUAAACUAGCAUGGUAUAAUUUCUUAUACAAUGCAAUGAGCAUGAACGUUAACCAAAACGCGACAGUACUAUGAGAAGCACUCAUAUAUUAGCGACAACUGACGUCUUGCGGUUUGCUGUGCGCCUUUAUUUGCAAAUCUUUUCAUUUCUAAUAUUUGCCCUUAUGCAUGCAUAUAUGUGCUAAUGAGAGUAAACAUUCUGUACGUGUUGUGACGCAAUUUGGUCAAAAUUGCAUAUCGUGUUUUGGAAAGUCAUCUAGUAGACAGUUGAGCUUAUAGUUAUUUCAGUUUUUGUGUUAUUUUAUACAAUAUAGUGUUGUGUUGCAUAUAUAACUACAGGUAAAACUGUCGCAGUUCUCAAAGCCAGCUUCUUGUGGUCUUCAUUCACUAACAUGCAUGUGUAACUAAUUGUGACUGGAGAGUUAUCCUUUGGCGUUUGUUUGCUUUGUUGGCUUCUCAGUACAAAUACUGACACAAACGGCAACACUUGUCCAAUGUGUUGAAUAUAUAACACUACAGAUCUAGCAGGCUAGAGUCUGAUUUCUAUGACGAAUAAGUUAUAUGUGGUGAUGGCAUAUAUUCCUGUGUUGUUAUCUAUACAGAGCAAAUGAGAAUUUCGAUCGUAUUUAAUAUUUCUUUGUAAUUUAAAUAAAUAAUUAACUUUUUGUAAUUAA